GACGACGAUGAGAACCACCGCAUCGUCUCAUCGGAGCUCGACGGGAGGCGAUCGAUGGAGGAGCCAUGGGAGGCGCUCGACGUCGACGACUCCGACCUCUCCAGCUUCCGACGCCCUCCCAAGCGCCGCCAAACCCUAAUCGAUCCCCCGAUUUCCUCAUCGGUCCUCCGGCCCUGCUCCCACCGCUCCUCCCAACCCCCGUCGCAGCAUCCCGGCCCGCAAACCCUAGUUUCCCAGGCCCCUCGAUCCCCCGACCCGGACCCGGCCUCCCUCCCUCCUCUGGAGCCUCCGCCGCGAAGGGAAGGAGCGGAGGGCGAGCGGAGGAUACCGGGACCGGCGGGAGCACUUCGGGCGGCGAUGCGGCGGCGAGCGAGGAGGCUUGAGGAGGGUUUUCCGAGAGGUGGAGGCGAGGAGGAGGAGGACGCGACUGCGGUUCCUACGCAGGAGUAUAUAAGGAGGGCUCUGGAGGAUGGGGAUGAGGACGAUGGGGAUUUCACGCUCGAUCCAUGGGUUUGUGCGGUGGAAUUCGUGCGGCGACAAGGGUUGGUGGAUGGUGAUGGUGUGGCCAUUGGGACGCCUUUGUGCUCCAUUAAGAGAGGAACUACUGCCCCUGAUAAAGUGUCACAGGUCGUUGCAAUUGUCAAAUCUUGCACCCCAAAUGGCCUUGGUGAUAUGAUGGUGACGCUUAAGGAUCCAACUGGAACAGUUGGUGCUACUAUUCAUCGCAAAGUUCUGAGAGAGAAGGGUUUUGCGAAGGAGAUAUCUGUUGGUGCAGUUUUAAUUCUUCAAAAGGUUGCAGUGUUUUCACCUUCACGCUGCACGUGCUAUCUGAACAUAACUUCGAAUAACAUCAUAAAGGUCAUCGCUAAGGACAGUGGACCUCCAUCAAAAGAGAAUUGUUCUCCCCCAGCUAAAGAACGUUCUUCUAGUUUGGAGACUUGGGAGAAAUCCAGCACGCAAGAGAAAGCAUCGUCCCAGUUAAAGGGGAGAAUAGAGGGAAUCUUGAGUAGUUUAAAGCAAGCUACUAAUACGGAAGAGAGAACAGUUGGUUAUCCGCAGUAUGAACAGUGUGGAGGGGUACAAGGGACUGGCUCUUGCAGUGACCAAACUAGCAGAAACCAUGACGUUUCUUUGGUAAACGAACCGUCACCAGCUGCACAUGAUGAGAUAAGCCAAUUUAGGGCAGCUAGGAAUGGUGAGACUAUGGAUUGUUCUACAUCAGAAAACACCAAGUGCAACGACAGCAGGUCGGGCAUUGCGGAAGUUUCUGAUGAUAAAGACGGCGUUACUGUAGAUGGAAUGAGGAAGCAGAAGCAGAAGCAGCCUAGUUCAAGAACUUCACUCCUGCAGUGGACUGAUGAACAACUAGAGGAGCUCAUGGACUGCGAGUGAGGACAAACAUACUCAAAGAUCCUUUAUGCUUGGCUUACAACAUGGCAAUGGACAAGACGAAUUGCUUCUUCGGUGAGUUGAAGAUUUUUGUUUGCUCUAUUCGUUUUUUCCCCUUACCCUCAAUGUAGAGCAUCACUUCAUUUUUCCUAAUCUGGAUGAAUCCAUCCAGACAUCACUCACUUUUGUAUGGCCGUCCACCUGUUUUCUGGUCAUUUAGGGGAAAACACAGAGUCACUUUUUCACGUCUACAGAUGGAAACGAUGCACGUCCUUAAGAUGAAAAUCUUGUGGUUAUUCACACAAAAGCUUUUCAAUUAGAUGAUUGUCUCUAGGAAGAUCGUCAA